UCCUUCUCUCUCACUUUUCUUCAACCAAAAUAAUUCUUCCUAAGUAAUCAUAAAGACCAUGUCUGAAUCCCGUGUGCGUUUGCAUUUUCUCUCGCUAAUCUUGCUCUGUUGUGUCUCCCCUGCAAGCUUCUUCACUAUAAACACAGAUGAUAAUAGUUAUGUUGCUUGUGGUCCCCAUCAGAGUCAAGCUCUCACUGAGUUCAUGAACGAGUUUGAUAGCAGCCAGUGCAACCUCACCGAUCCAUAUAAUGGAGUCUGGUGCGAUAACUCGACCAGUGCGGUCACAAAGCUACGACUCAAGGCCUGUCUCAGUGGAAAUCUAGAGCCCAACAGUAGCCUAUUCAGGUUACAUCAUCUUCGUUACCUUGUCCUCCGUCAAAACAACUUCACCUCCUCUUCACUUCCUUUGGAAUUAGGCAAUCUCAACAGGUUAGAGGUCUUAUUUCUUCCCAAUAAUAGAUUUGUAGGCCAAGUUCCUUCCUCACUUAAUAACCUAAGCCUUCUUUACUAUUUAGACCUUUCCCAAAAUGAUCUCACCGGUAGUUUCCCACCUGUACGGAAUCUAACAAAGCUCUUUUUUUUACACCUAAAUAGUAAUCAUUUCUCUGGAACUCUGAAUCCCAACAGUUGUAGCCUGUUUGAGUUGCACCACCUCCGUUACCUUAGUCUAGGUUACAACAACUUCAGUUCAUCACUCCCUUCUGAGUUUGGAAAUCUCAACAGACUACAAGUCUUGGAUCUUUCCUCCAAUGACUUUUUUGGGAAAGUUCCUCCCACAAUUAGUAACCUGACCUCCUUAACCGAAUUGUGGCUUCACCAAAACAGACUCACUGGUAGUUUCCCAGUUGUACAAAAUCUGACCAUGCUCUCAUACAUAUAUAUGGAUGAUAAUCACUUCUCUGGAACCAUUCCUUCCUCUCUCGUCACCAUGCCUUUCUUAUCAAUUCUCAAUCUGCGUCGAAAUGAUCUCACGGGAUCUAUAAAAUUUCCUAACUCCUCUACCCCAUCUAGGCUCGAGGAAAUGUACCUUGGGUAUAACCAUUUUGAAGGAAAAAUCAUAGAGCCUAUCUCAAACCUCAUCAACCUCAAGAUUCUUGACCUUUCUUCCCUUAACACAAGUUACCCGAUUGAUGCAAGCCUCUUUUCCUCGCUAAAAUCUUUGCUGAUCCUUGAUCUUUCCAGUAAUAGUAUAUCUCCAGCCAGUUUAGGUUCAAAGUCAGACAUCCCAAGAAACCUGGAGACUUUGUGGUUGCAAGGCUGCGGCAUCAACGAGUUCCCAAAUAUCUUAAAGAUCCUUGAGAAGUUGGAGAAUAUAGACAUUUCAGGAAAUGUAAUCAAAGGGAAAGUCCCCCAGUGGUUAUGGAAGCUUCCUCGUCUAAACACAGUGUUUCUCACAAAUAAUUCAUUUACUGCUUUCGAUGGUCCAGUGGAAGUUUUGGUGAACUCAUCGAUAGUGAAUUUAUUUGUGGAGAAAAACUAUUUUGACGGAGAAAUUCCUAUUCUGCCACUCUCUAUCAACGUCUUCGCUGCUUCAUACAACCGAUUCACAGGGAGCAUACCUCUUUCAAUUUGCAAUUAUCGGGGUCUAACGGUUUUGAGGCUACAUUACAACAGCCUCACGGGUCCAAUUCCUCAAUGCUUAUGUAACUUGACGUCUGUGAAUCUUCGGAAGAACAACUUGGAAGGAAGUAUUCCUGACGCCUUUUAUCUCAGUUCUUCUCUACGAUCACUUGAUAUUGGACACAAUCGACUAACCGGGAAGCUUCCAAGAUCUCUUCAGAAUUGCUUAUCUCUCGAGUUCUUAGUUGUUGACCACAACAGAAUCAAAGACAAGUUUCCUUUCUGGCUCAAGGCUUUGCCAAAUUUGAAAGUACUUAUCCUCAGUUCAAACAAGUUAUAUGGUUCGAUAUCUCCUCCGGAUCAAGGUCCUCUCGGGUUUCCAGAGCUGCAUAUAUUUGAGAUAUCUAAUAAUAACUUUACUGGAAGCUUGCCACCGAGAUACUUUGUCAAUUGGAAAGCAGCCAACGAAUAUGGUGGUCUGUAUAUGGUUUACACAAAAACUACUACCGAGAAAUUGUCUUAUGUCGAUCUAGAAGCUAUAGAUUUGCACUACAAAGGUCUAUCAAUAAAGCAAGGGAGGGUCCUUACUUCAUACGCCACCAUUGAUUUCUCUGGGAAUAGAAUUGGAGGACAGAUUCCUGAAUCAAUUGGUCUCUUGAAAGCAUUGAUUGCACUCAACUUAUCAAACAACGCCUUCACAGGCCAUAUUCCUCUGUCGUUCUCCAAUCUUGGCAAGCUCGAGUCACUUGACCUAUCAAGCAACCAACUCUCAGGGACCAUUCCUAGUGGACUUGGGACCCUCUCCUUUUUGGCCUACAUUAAUGUGUCUCACAACCAACUCAGAGGUGAAAUACCACAAGGAACGCAAAUAACGGGGCAACCUAAAUCUUCGUUUGAAGGAAAUGAAGGGCUUUGUGGUCUUCCACUCCAGGAAUCUUGCUUUGGUACUCAUGCGCCACCAACACAACAACCUCCAGAAGAAGACAAAGAAGAGGAGGAACAAGUGUUGAACUGGAAAGCUGUAGUUAUUGGGUAUGGACCUGGAGUGUUGCUUGGAAUUGCAAUAGCACAAUUCAUUGAUUCAUACAAACCGGAAUGGCUGGCCAAGAUAAUUGGCUCGAACAAUCGCAGAAACCGUUAGGUUGAUGAUUCCUCUUGUAUGAUGCAUUUUCUUACGUUUGUUUUAUCAUUAUCUGAUGCUUUGUUUUGUGUCAUUUUAUGAAGUAAAAAUUGUGUGUUUGUAGUAAUUUUCAAACUGGAGUUCCUCGUCAAUCCUAGAAAUUUUAUGAUUUUUUUGGUUUUGCA